CCAUAUUUCUUAUUUCCCAACUGGCAGGGCCAAACCCGCCCACUGCCACCCCAUGGCUCUAUAAAAGACGCCAACAGGACCUGAUGAUAAGAAGUCGGUGUUGAAUGAACCUGGCCAUGCAGUGUAAAGUCCUCGUCCAUGUCGUCCUGCUGACGCUCAUAAAGCAUGUGUCUUCAAGUGAAGUCCAAGCCAGCCCGAACACAAAUGCGACCCUCCCCUGCAAUGUGACGCUCCCUGUCCCUGUAAAAGAGGGAAAAAUAGACAAGUCUCUAAUCACAGUCCGCUGGAUAAGUAAUGGCUCUGAUAUCGCCUUGUUUGGAAAAGCAGCAACACAGAUAAAGGAGGGUUUCAGCUGGGACACCACUGAUUUCAUCAAUGGGGACUUUUCAUUGACCGUCCUCAAAGCCAGCUUGGACCUGCAGGGGGUUUAUGAAUGCACGGUUGGCUACAACUCCUCAUUCCUGCACUCCAGUAAUGUUACAUUCAGUAUCCUUGCCUCCCCGACUCUCUCCGUCCCUCAGCAGUGGUUGGUGUUAGAAACAGAGAGCCAGCUUCAGUGCCAAGCACAUGGUUUCUACCCUCCUCCAGUCUCUUUCUCCUGGACCAGAGAUGGACAAGUGAUUCAGUCUCCCCUCCAGGUUGAAGCUGACCUUGCUCCAGAUGGAUACUACACGGCUGUGGACAACCUGACCUUCUACCCUUCGCGUGUGGACCAGAAUGCGACCUUUGGCUGCAGAGUGUCACACGAUGGCAGCGAUCAAGAGCUGGAUUUCCAACUCAACAUCACCUAUCUGUCCUCCGUUCGACUGUCUGUCGUGCCACCAAGCUCCAAAAACACCCCCCUGACUCUUUACUGUGACGUGGAGAGUUUCUACCCAGAAGAAGUGUCCGUGUCCUGGUUUCAAAACGGCACCUCCCUCCCUGAGCCUCCUGUUCCUGAGCAGAACCCAGAUGGGACCUACAGAACCAGACGUUAUUACACCCUGAACCCCGAGCAGAGGGGCCGAGGAGGGAAGGUGGAGUGUUCGGUAAACCAACCCGGGGCAGCGAAUCCUGUGCUUGGCUCAGCAUACCUGGACAAACUGGAUCCUCAAGACGAGCCUCCGGUGUUGACUAAAUCGGCCAAAGCAUCUGUGGCUAUGAUGUGCAUUUCUAUAGUGCUGGUCUUCUUGCUGUGUUUCGGCUUUUCUUGGAGGAGAAGAGAUGAGAAACAGAAGUCGCUCAAUGUGUCGGGUAUCAUCCUCCCUCCGCGAGUGACUGUAGGUCAAAAGGGCCGAGUGUCGUUGAGCAUCGAGGGCAGGAGGGUGGACCGAGUCCAGACUGCAUGGUUUCUCAAUGACACCCCCAUCACUGACACCUCAAUCACAGGAACCUCCAAAGCUAACUUUAACUGCCUCUACAGCCCCCUAACCACCAUCCAUCUCCCCUACGGUCUAACUCUCACCUCCCCAGCCUCAGAGAAAGGUCCUCUCCUGGCCUCCAGAGGCGAGCUGGGAUACUACAAGCUGCACACUCAGGGGCCGCUGCACUCUUCUGGAAACGGCAUCCAGCAGCUCAUCUCCUCGCUCACCUUCAUCCCCCAGAUUUCCAUCCACAAGAGCGCCGUGUUCAAGUGUCAGGUGUCGUACGUGGGCAAGGACAAGAUCGUGGAGGAGAGGGUGUCGGAGAAGUUCACUAUUCUCUCUCCUCCAGAGGUGUCGGAAAUACAACUGGCUGAGACACAGAAUGACUCAGAUGUCAUCAGCAUGACAGUCCGAGCGUCCCAGUUCCAUCCAGAUGUCAUCACCUUCCGCUGGUUCUGUCAGGGCGGCGAGCUAAGCCCUGUGGCUUCCCAGGCCUCGUCCUCCCCUCGUCCAAACUCUGAGGGAUUCUUUUCAGCCUUCAGCCAGUGUAAGCUUCCCCGAAGUGAACUGGAAAGAGGAGCCGCUAAAGUGUGGGUCAGCGUUCACCACAUCGCCCUGAAGCAGCCGGUCAUCCGAGAGACCAGAGGCUUCAUCAAGAGGCCAACAGUGUCCGACAUUGUCAGCUCCACCUGCUCCUCGGAUCAGACUUCAACUCUGGGAUGUGAAAUCACAGAUUUCUACCCUCCGAACAUAUCAGUCACUUGGCUGAAGCUCAGAGAGGGAGAGCAGGAUGACAGAGAGGAGGAGGUGAUAGAGGGAGGAGAGAUGUGGGGUCCUAUUCAGACUCUAACCAGACUGUACAGGGCGACGGCCACUCUGAAGAGGAGGCCAACAAAUCAGGACAUAAAGGACAGAAGAGGAGGGAUUAUUUGCAGAGUGGAGCACUGUUCCCUGCAUGAACCUAUUGUGAGACACUGGAGAAACGGUGACAUCGCUGCUCCCUCCAUCCCUCCCUCGAUCUCGGUCUGUUGGAGCAGUGAAGGCGUCGGUGUGUUCUCUCUCCUGCUGAAGGGAGGUCACCCGAAGGUCAAACUACUGUGGGCAGCAGGAGGAGCGACGCUCUCGCCGCUGGUGUCCAGUGAGACUGAGGAGAUCGGAGACGACGGACUGAGAGAGCUGAAAAGUGUGUGUGCUCUGGAGAGGUCAACAGGCCUGCCGAGUCCCACAAGCAAACAGCCGGAGAGACGCAAGAAUGGACAUGCAAUAAAAACAAAAGCAGCAGUUGCAGACCCUGACACCGAAGGAAUAGAAUACAUCGACGAAAAAGUGGACGGAGAUAACAACAACACUGAAAGGGAGGAAGAAACGCUGUCAGAAGUGGACGAGGACAGCGACAAAGAACGAGAGGACGACCCCGGAGCUCUGCACAUCAACAGGGUCAACCUGAGGAGGGGUCCCAGAGAAAACGAGAGGGCACGUCUGAGAGUCUGCCUGGAGAUCACACACCCUACACUCAAACUUCCUGUUUAUCGAACCUGGACAGAGCCCAAUGAGGAAAUUUCAUCUUCUGCAUGAACGCCCUGCAAGAGCGCUUCUCUAUUUCACAUAUCCCAUGUAAUGUAUCUAAUAUUUAUCUCUAAAGUACAUAUAAACCUGUAGUUCUGUUUUUUUUUUUUUUUUUUUUUUUUUUUUUUUUUUUUUUAGGGUAUCCAACUGUAUUAAAUAUGAUCAACAAGUGUGGCUCUGCUUCCAACAUUUUAUAGUUACAUUUUAUAUUCUUAGAAAGUUUUCCUUUAUAUAUACAUAUUUUUGUACAAAUAAUUUUACUGUGGAUAUUUUUCUGAAUCUGUAUUUGAAAAUAAAAAACUAAAUCAUUUA